AUGGAGAGCUGGAGCGGGCAGCGGUUGGCCGUGCUCGGACUUCCGGGGGCGCCCUGGCCGGGCGUCGGGCCAACCCGAGCGCCCCGUGCCCGAGCCGCACGUCUCCCCGAGCCGUCGGUGGACAGCCCGCCCGCCGCGGCCGGCCGCGGGCGGGCGAUGGACGCCGUGGGGCCCUCGCUGUCCGCCUUGUCGGACGCCUCUGGCGCGGGGGCCCCCCGGAGCAGGCGUUGGACCAGCCCCGACCGGACGCCGUCGCUCCUGUCGCCGCUGCGCGGCCUGCAGAAGCAGCUGGCCGAAGGAAAGGGCCCCAACGCGCUGCCGUGCCUGCAGGAGCUGUGCUCUGAGGCCAUCGGGCCCUUCGCGCGCAGCAUGCCCUGGGGCGGAGGAGCGCGGACGCGGGCGGCCCACAGCCUCAUCCUGAUGGCCGUGGGCAACUACGCCGGCUACCUCAUCCUGGCGUGCCCCAGGUGGCUCGCCGAGAACAUAGCCGCCGAGGCCGAAGCCAUCGACACGGCGGAGGAGAAGACCAGGUGGAUGUUCCAGAUCUCGUUGUGCGUCCUGUUCGUCCUCAACCUCUGCUGCGUGGCCCUGACGGCGUUGGCGCACCGGGCCACCACGGGGCAGGACAUAUUGCAGUUAGUCACCAGCACUUGCGGGGAUGAGAGGAAGCGCGGCGAUGCAAUCGCAGUGGUCCGCUGGAGCUAUGCGAUCUCCCUGUGCGUCUUGCUAAUGAUUGCAUUUCUGCUCGCGGGGAUUGGUCUUACCACGGAGUUCCCAAAUCUGGGCCACUUUCUCUUGGGAUGGUUUCCGGCGUUCUACCCACUUUGGGUUAUCAUGCAGCUGGUCACAUUUGUUUGGUUAAUGGCUUCGCUGGCGCUGAACGAGGUCGAGGAUUAUUACAGCAAGCUUGAGGCCACACAGGAGGGAUUGUAUACUGGUUAUUGGUUGCAGAUGCUCCGCGAGCAUCAGGCAUUAACGAAGAAGCUCGUGAGCGUGUCUCGCAGCAUAUCUCCAACAGUGCUGUUGCUGCAGAACGUUCUGUUGUGUUCUAGCCUCCUUUUUCUGUGGGUCACCCUUGUGAGCAGGAGAUCCCCGAAGUCUGCUACCAUGUAUGUUUUCAUGGCUUUCGUCACCCUGUCGUCUGGUGUCAUGACGAUGCUGCCCCUGGCGUUUGUCACGGAUCUUUGCGAGACGCGCCGACUCGGAGAGCGGUCGUUGCGCACCUUGGCGGACAAGUUCAGCGGGUGGCAGAUGACUUUUGAGGUGCACGCCGAAUAUUCUGAAGAUUCAUGCAGCACAUCAACACGACGCCCGCCGGCAUACACCUGCCCAGCAUUGGCAUGGUGA